AUGUGUGGGAUAUUUGCAUAUCUGAAUUACGACGUCAACAGAGAGAGGCGUUAUAUUCUUCAGGUGUUAUUCAAUGGUCUCAGGCGUUUGGAAUACAGAGGCUACGAUUCCGCUGGGAUUUCCAUCGACCAUUCCUUUUCCCUCGAUCCAAACACUCCCCAAUCUUCCUCCAAUUCUCCGCCUCCCCCACUCGUUUUUCGCCAGGAGGGAAACAUCGAGAGCCUCGUCAAAUCCGUCUACCAAGAGGUUGCCGAAACAGAGUUAAAUUUAGAAGAAUGUUUCUCUCACCAUGCUGGAAUAGCGCACACCCGGUGGGCUACUCAUGGAGAGCCAGCUCCAAGGAACAGCCAUCCACAGAGUUCUGGCUCUGGAAAUGAAUUUUUGGUUGUUCACAAUGGAGUAAUCACUAAUUAUGAGGCCUUAAAGGAAUCACUGGUCCGGCAUGGAUUCACCUUUCAAUCUGAAACUGACACAGAAGUAAUUCCAAAGCUUGCCAAAUAUGUUUAUGAUAAAGCUAAAGAAGGAGAAGGUGACCAUACUAUCACAUUUAGUCAAGUUGUGCUUGAGGUUAUGAGGCAUCUUGAAGGAGCAUAUGCCCUGAUUUUUAAAAGCCAGCAUUAUCCAAAUGAGUUGAUUGCUUGCAAGCGUGGCAGUCCGUUGCUCCUUGGUGUCAAAGAAUUUAACGAAAAUGCUAUCAAUGGAUCUGCUUUCCAAGAUGAUAAUUUCCUUUCAAAAAGCGGACAUGCUAAGGAACUUUUUUAUCCAGAUGGAGGUGUUUCUAUCUUAAAGUUCGAUAAAGGGCAGCACGGUGGCCUUUCAAGAGUUGCAUCAGUACAAAGAGCAUUGUCCAUUCUUGAGAUGGAGGUUGAACAAAUAAACAAAGGAAAUUACAAACAUUAUAUGCAGAAAGAAAUUCAUGAGCAGCCUGAAUCUCUAACAACCACAAUGAGGGGGAGACUUUUACGUGGAGGUUCCUGCAAAGCCAAGACUGUUCUCCUUGGUGGACUGAAGGAUCACCUCAAAACAAUUAGGCGAAGCAGGCGAAUUGUUUUCAUUGGUUGUGGUACAAGCUACAAUGCUGCUUUAGCUGCAAGACCAAUAUUGGAAGAACUUUCUGGUAUCCCUGUUACAAUGGAAAUUGCUAGUGAUUUGUUGGAUCGGCAAGGACCUAUAUACAGAGAAGAUACAGCAGUCUUUGUCAGUCAAUCUGGUGAAACAGCAGAUAGUUUGAGUGCAUUGGAAUAUGCUCUAGAAAAUGGUGCAUUAUGUGUUGGCAUUACAAAUACUGUUGGUAGUGCAAUAGCCAGGAAUACACACUGUGGUGUUCAUAUAAAUGCUGGUGCUGAGAUUGGUGUGGCAAGUACUAAGGCGUACACAAGUCAGAUAGUGGUGAUGGCUAUGCUAGCACUAGCUAUAGGAGGUGACACAAUUUCCAAUCAAGCAAGAAGAGAGGCUAUAAUAGACGGUUUAUUUGAGUUGCCAAACAAGGUCAGAGAGGUCCUCAAGCUUGACCAGACAAUGAAGGAUCUUGCACAAGAACUGAUAGCUGAACAGUCACUUCUUGUGUUUGGGAGAGGAUACAACUAUGCAACAGCUCUGGAGGGUGCUUUGAAGGUGAAAGAAGUGGCCCUUAUGCACAGUGAAGGAAUACUUGCCGGUGAAAUGAAACAUGGUCCUUUGGCUUUAGUUGAUGAAAAUCUCCCUACAUUUGUGAUUGCUACCCGUGAUGCUUGCUUCAGGUUUCAGCAAUCAGUUAUUCAGCAGCUUCAUGCCCGCAGAGGUCGUCUGAUAGUAAUGUGUUCGAAAGGAGAUGCUGCAUCUGUGUGCCCUGGGGGAUCUUGUCGAGUGAUUGAAGUUCCUCAGCUUGAGGAUUGCCUUCAACCUGUAGUUAAUAUUGUUCCAUUGCAGCUGCUGGCAUAUCAUCUCACUGUUUUAAGAGGUUUCAAUGUGGAUCAGCCUCGGAAUCUUGCAAAGAGUGUGACUACGCAGUAA